GUCUCAAGAAUGACCAACUAUAGCUCUGGCAAAAUUUUGGCAGAAAUUUCUGCUUCUUCAGAUAAUGGCUUUUAAAGCCAUGGCCAAAACCUCCUUCAACUCACCAAAAUCCACUCUUUCACCCUCAUCUCUCUUCCUUUUUUCCACCCCUUUCUCUCUCCUACCUUCAUCCAAAACCCUCAAUUUUCCCCCAAAAAGAUCACUCAAUCUUCCCUUAAACCCUAACCCCUCAAAAUUCUUCAGAAAUUACAGCACCCCUCCAGGAACAGAGUGUCCUGUUCCAUUAGAUCAACAACCCAUUAAUGAAUACCAAAAUCUAUCAAAUUCCUUCCCUUUUUCAUGGGCAUCAGGCGAUCUUGUUGAAUAUGCUUCUAGAUUGUUUGCCACUGGUCUUUCCUUUGGUCUUCUUGUAGGAUUACCCGUUUCUUGGUUUGGGUCAGUCGGGUUUGAUCAUGACCCGGUUAAAGUGGUUUUGGGUUCGGUUACGAGUGGUUUGUUUGUUGUUACUUUGGCUGUUUUGAGGAUGUAUUUGGGUUGGGCUUAUGUGGGCAAUCGCUUACUCAGUGCCACUGUUGAAUAUGAGGAGACAGGAUGGUAUGAUGGUCAGAUAUGGGUCAAGACUGCUGAGAUUUUGGCACGUGAUCGCCUCUUAGGCUCAUUUCAGGUGAAGCCGGUUCUAAUCAGGUUGAAAAACUCACUGGUUGCACUCGCAAUAUCUUUAUUUAUAAGUGUUGCUCUCUUAAUAAAUUAUGAAGGGAGCCAGAAGGAACUCUGGAAAUUUUCAAAUGAAGCUGGAGAUCGGGUUGUAGCUGGAGUUUACAAUGAUGCUUCUGCUAGAUCAUUUGAGCCUGAUGCUUUCUGUGGUGAACCUGGUCUGGUUGCUGAAUGACUCCGUGUCUGGUAGCCUGUAACACAUAACGUCUGUAUAACAGUAUGUGUAGAGUGUACAUGCCAUAAAGUAUAAUCCUUGUAUAUCAUUCAUCAUAUACUUCUGUAUAGCAUUACUACUCCGUAAUUUACUAUACUCUAAGGUUGGCUAAUUAGCCCCUUUUCUAUCAGAUAUCAAAUGAACAGAUUAUAAAAGGUAGAAUUGUUCCGAUAA